AUGGCUCUCCCUUCUUUUUCAUUUCCAUUCAUUUCUUUGUUUGUUUUCUUCAUUUUGAAUGAAACUUCAUCAUGCUUAGCCAUAUUUAGCAACACUACCCCUCCCCAUAGCCAGCUCUCAGUUGAUUACUAUGGCAAAUCUUGUCCACAGCUAGAGAAGCUUAUUGGCUCAGUCACCUCUCAACAAUUCAAAGAAUCACCUGUUUCUGGGCCUGCCACCAUUCGCCUCCUAUUCCACGAUUGCUUUGUAGAAGGCUGUGAUGCAUCAAUUUUAAUAGCAUCAAAGCCUGGAAGCAAGGAUUUAGCAGAGAAAGAUGCAGAGGAUAAUAGAGAAUUGAGGGUGGAAGGUUUUGAGACUAUAAGGAAAGCUAAGGAACUAGUUGAGAGCAAGUGCCCUGGUGUGGUGUCCUGUGCAGACAUUCUUGUAAUUGCAGCCAGGGAUUAUGUACACUUGCUAGGAGGGCCCUAUUACCAAGUGAAGAAAGGAAGAUGGGAUGGAAAGAUAUCAAUGGCAUCAAGGGUGGGACCCAACAUCCCUCAUGCAAACUCAACCGUUGAUCAACUCAUCAAACUCUUCAACUCAAAAGGCUUAACUAUACAGGACAUGGUUGCUCUUUCGGGUGCCCACACAAUCGGGUUCGCCCAUUGCAAGCACUUUGUGACCCGACUCUACAAUUACAUGGGCAAGGGUCAACCCGACCGUUAUAUGAACCCAAAAUUACUGCAUGCACUGAGAAUGUAUUGUCCAAACUUUGGUGGAAACUCAGAUAUUGUUGCCCCAUUUGAUGCCACAACCCCAUUCUUAUUUGACAAUGCUUAUUAUGUUAACUUGAACAACAACAUGGGUUUGCUAGCCUCUGACCAGGCUUUGGUUUUGGACCCAAGAACCAAGCCACUGGUUCAAAACCUUGCUAAAGAUAAGCAAAAGUUUUUUCAAGAUUUUGCAGCUGCCAUGGACAAAUUGAGUUUGGUGAAAGUGGUAAGAGGGAAAAAGCAUGGGGAGAAAAGAAGAGAUUGUAGCAUGCAUAUGUGAAAACUGACAUGUAAUUUACACAAUUCUUGCAUUCAU